AGGCGUCUUACCGCCUGGCCAACGACAACGCUGUUGGAUGACCCCAGUUCGCAUGAGUAUGGUGUCAGACGAUAGUAACGGGACCAGGUCAAGGUCGGAUUCCCGCACUCUCAAAGAUUUUGCAACCAGCAAUUAUAUCAUUGGCAUAUGUCUCCUUCUCGUCGUCGUCAUACUUUGGACUUUGUCCAACUUCGUAACACAGUACAUGUUUGUUGGAGGCUAUCAGAAGCCUUUCUUGAUCACGUAUACAAGCACAUCUGCGUUUACUUGCUAUCUCAUCCCAUUUUACCUCCGGCACCUACGGGGAAGAUAUAAGGACACCAGGUGGAACCGCCUCCUCCACCCCGAAAUUGUUCACUGGUGCUAAUCUGCCCUAUCUGCGUGUCCGCAGUUAUCAACCACUAGCGCAGGAUAUACCCAGCGAAUCCCAAUUCCAGUGUACCCUUCCAAAUGCAUUUUACAUCGGCGCAUAUUCAUUUGUGCACUAGGGCUUUCGGCGCUCUUAUAAUGAAACCUUGCGGCUUACCCCUCGGGAGACCGCUUGGCUAGCCCUGUAUUU